AUGUCAGGGGAGGAUGUUGCUGUUGCAGAGGCCCCAGCACCAGUUCCAGCUCUUGGGGAGCCUAUGGACAUCAUGACUGCUUUGCAGUUGGUGUUGAAAAAGUCACGGGCCCACAGUGGUCUUGCUCGAGGGCUCCAUGAAGCUGCUAAGGUUAUUGAGAAGCAUGCUGCUCAACUUUGUGUUUUGGCAGAGGAUUGUGACCAGACUGAUUAUGUCAAGCUGGUGAAGUCUCUGUGUGCGGAUCACAAUGUUAGCCUGAUUACUGUGCCGAGUGCUAAAACUCUUGGCGAGUGGGUUGGGCUGUGUAAGAUCGACUCUGAAGGGAAAGCAAGGAAGGUGGUUGGUUGCUCAUGUGUUGUUGUAAAGGAUUAUGGCGAAGAAAGUGAGGGCCUUCAUAUUGUUCAGGAGUAUGUGAAGUCCCAUUAG